CGGGGGACGCUUCGUCAACAGGGCCAAAAGCACAGAGGAAACGCGCCGUCCUGUGACGACUGUUAAGUGAGGAGGUGCUGGGGGCGCAGGUCCGGUUCACGGUACCCGGAGGCCUCCCUGCGAGCGGGGUCCCCAGCCGACUCACGGGCGCCCGGGCACUCUGGGCUCCGUGAAUGUGUGGCGGGCGGGGGCGACGGGAAUGCCAGCUGGGGGCCCGGUGACUCGGGCACGGCCCAGCUGGCCUGUUCACUCACAGCUCCUUUAUUUCUCUGCCAGUUCUGCCACUUUCCACUUUCCUGGUCUCCUCUUGAGCCAUGUCUCAGGGGUCAGUGACAUUCAGAGAUGUGGCCAUAGACUUCUCCCAGGAGGAGUGGAAAUGGCUUCAGCCGGCUCAAAGAGAUUUGUACAGAUGUGUAAUGUUGGAGAAUUAUGGCCAUCUGGUCUCACUGGGUCUUUCCAUUUCUAAGCCAGAUGUGGUUUCUUUAUUGGAGCAAGGGAAAGAGCCCUGGCUGGGGAAAGGAGAUGUGAGAUCAGAUCUGUUUUCAGUUUCAGAGUCAGAUGGUGAGAUCAAAGAGUUUUCUCCAAAAAACGUCUUUUAUGAAGAUGACACAUCCCAGUAUUUGAUAAUGGAAAGAAUCUUAAACCAAGGCCCUGCGUAUUCCAGUUUUAAAGGAGGCUGGAAAUGUGAGGAUGAUAAUGAAAUGCUCCAAGGAAAUCAGGGACAUAUUAGGCAAGUGACAGUCUCUCAUCAAGAAGCCCUGGCUCAACAUAUGAGUAUCAAAACUGUUGAGAGGCCCUAUGGAUGCCAUGAAUGUGGAAAAACUUUCAGUCGGCGCUUUUCCCUUGUAUUACAUCAGAGAACUCAUACUGGAGAGAAACCAUAUGUAUGUAAGGAAUGUGGCAAAACCUUUAGCCAGAUCUCAAACCUUGUGAAACAUCAGAUGAUACAUACUGGAAAGAAACCCCAUGAGUGUAAGGACUGUAAUAAAACAUUCAGUUACCUUUCAUUUCUCAUUGAACACCAGAGAACACAUACUGGAGAGAAACCUUAUGAAUGUACUGAGUGUGGAAAGGCCUUUAGUCGUGCCUCAAACCUCACUCGACAUCAGAGAAUUCACAUAGGAAAGAAACAGUAUAUAUGCAGGAAAUGUGGGAAAGCUUUUAGCAGUGGCUCAGAACUCAUUCGCCAUCAGAUUACACAUACUGGAGAGAAACCUUAUGAAUGUGUUGAAUGUGGGAAGGCAUUUCGCCGUUCCUCACACCUUACUCGACAUCAGAGCAUCCAUACAACCAAAACUCCCUAUGAAUGUAAUGAAUGUAGGAAAGCUUUCCGUUGCCACUCAUUCCUUAUUAAGCAUCAGAGAAUUCAUGCUGGGGAAAAGCUAUAUGAAUGUGAUGAAUGUGGUAAAGUUUUCACUUGGCAUGCAUCCCUUAUUCAACAUAUGAAAAUUCAUACUGGAGAGAAACCUUAUGCAUGUGCUGAAUGUGACAAAGCCUUCAGUCGGAGCUUUUCACUCAUUCUACAUCAGAUAACUCAUACUGGGGAGAAACCUUAUGUAUGUAAGGUAUGCAACAAAUCCUUCAGCUGGAGCUCAAACCUUGCUAAACAUCAGCGAACACACACUCUAGAGAACCCCUAUGACUAUGAAAAUUCAUUUAAUUACCACUCAUUCCUUACUGAACACCAGUGAGUUCACAUUACAAACAAAACAUAAGAAUGUAUGGAUUUUUUUUUUUUAAGUAAUGCCUUACUUUCACUUUAGAGAAGUCUUGGAAAGAAGCCUUAUAUGAAUGUGUUGAAUGUGAAGAAAUGUGGCCCAUAUCUUAUUCAACAUCCUGGAGAAAAAUCCUAGGAAUAUGUGGGAAAGCUAUUAAUAGCUGCUCAUUCCUUUUGCAAGACCAGAAGAUGAAAUCAAUAUUGAGAAGAUUCUUCUUGGUAAUAUUGAGAAGACUCAUUUGGAAGGAUUCUCUCACUGCCUUUGUAAAUUCCUAUACCAGGAAAGAGUACACAUCCAAUAGAUGUGGGAAAGCUUUUAGUUACGAUGUCAGCCCUCAUUCUGUAUCUUGUCAGCUCAACCAGGACAGAAUGCAAGGGUAAGGAAUGAGUUUUACAAAGGUGUACUUUGUCUGAAAAUCAGACAAUUCAUACUUAAAACAUAAGUGAUAUAAACAGUGAUUUGAGAAUACCUUUAUUUACCAUGCAAUUUAAUUUUUUUUUUUUUUUGGCAGCUGGCCAGUACAAGGAUCCAAUCCCUUG